AUGGAUGGCAUUAAACUUUAUGGAAAAAAAGAAUCUGAGCUUGACCAGCUUGCUCAGACUGGGAGAAUACUCAGUCAAGAUAUUGGAAUGGAGUUUGGGAUAUCAAAAUGUGCACUUUUAGUCGUGAAAAGAGGGAAACUUUGUCAGAGGGACGGAAUAGGUCUGCCGAUUUCUCAAGAAAUAAGAGCUCUAGAGGAAGGAGAAACCUACAAUUAUCUGGGGGUAUUGGAAGCAGAUGAAAUAAAGCAUGAAGCAAUAAAGGGGAACAUUCACACUGAAAACUUCACAAGAGUGCGAAGUAUCCUGAAAUCCAAAUUAUCAGGAGGAAACGUUAUGAGGGAUAGUAACUCAAGAGCGGUCUCCAUCAUCCGUUAUGGAGCAGGGAUUAUCAACUGGACUAAGGAGGAACUGAGAAAGAUGGAUAGGGAGACUAGCAAGUUGUUGACAAUCCAGGUUAUAUAUGAAAGGGCGGAAGGCGGGAGGGGGUUAAUAAGUCUGGAGGAUUGUGUUGAACUGGAAUGUGACAGUCUUGCAAAGUACAUCCACAAAGCAAUGAGAUUCUGCUUGAAGCUCUUAAACGCGAGGGCGUGCUAAAAGAGUCAACUGAAGAAAACUUGAAGGAAAAUAUCGAAAGGAAAAGGACAGGUGAUUAUCAGGUAAAACAACUACAUGGACAGUUCGAAAGAGCUACUCAACAGGAUCGAAACGCAGACACUUGGCUU